UUUCCAUCUUUUUUCUACAAACUGCACCCUUCCAUUUUCUUUCCUUUCUUCAAUACCCUCCUAUCUAAUUUUCUUUCCAAAAAUAAAAAAUAAAAAAAAUCAUGAAUCCUUCAGCGAUAGUCAUGGCAAAGGAACUGCCUGCUGGAUCUUCACGAUCCAGCGGUGACCAGGUGCAGAAUAAUCCUGCACCGUUGAGUCGAUACGAGUCACAAAAAAGGCGAGACUGGAACACUUUUGGACAGUACUUGAAGAAUCAGAGACCACCAGUUGCACUGUCUCAGUGUAAUUGCAACCAUGUUCUAGAAUUCCUUCGAUACCUGGACCAGUUUGGGAAGACUAAGGUUCACUUACACGGGUGCGUGUUUUUCGGACAACCUGAUCCACCAGCACCUUGUACUUGCCCACUAAGGCAGGCUUGGGGCAGCCUUGAUGCUUUGAUAGGGAGACUUAGAGCUGCUUAUGAAGAAAACGGAGGCUCGCCAGAGAAUAAUCCGUUUGGGAAUGGCGCGAUUCGCCUUUAUUUGAGAGAAGUAAAGGAGUGUCAAGCUAAGGCAAGAGGGAUUCCUUAUAAGAAGAAGAAGAAAAGGAAGCUUAAUAAUUCUAUUAAGUCCAUUGGUGCUGCUGCUACUGCUGCUGCUGAUCAACACAAGAAUUUGAUGCAAGCUACCUGAAUAUGGAUUCAUUGCAGAUAUACUAGGGUGGUCACAAUCGGAUGAAUCUUAGAUAAGAAGAUGUUGCUGCCUACCACAAGACAAAUAUCUACCUCAUGAAUACUAGCUAGCUAGCUGGCUGGCUGGCUAGGUUUAUUUCUUAUUAGUAGGUUAUUAAGUUAUAUAUACUGAAGUCUUAAUUAGUCUUAAAUAAUUUAGUUAGAUAAUCAGUUUCUGUCAAUGAAAUAACUGUCUUUUGGAAAUUUGUGAAGCGAGUUUUCCACUGCUUAAUUACUGCUGUAAAUUAAAUUAAUUACUCCCCAGCUACUACACUGGGCAUCAAUUAUAUUUCCGCAGUAGUCAUGAUAGUUGUAGUAUUUCAGCACUUGGUUAUAUAAAGUAAGCCACUAUUUAGUCCAUGUUAU